CACUAAAAAUCCCAUCCCUUCGUAUACAAGCUAACUACAAACUCUCUAAAGAGUACUAUAUAGUUUCCAUAGCAAGAGAUUAAUUUAGCUAAGGAAUUUAUAAGCAACAAUGAGUUCUCCUGCAAGCUGGAACCUUGAGAUCGAGUCCCCGGUCGCGGCGCCGCGCCUGUUCCGUGCCGCGGUCCUCGACUGGCACAACCUCGCCCCGAAGCUCGCCCCGGAGAUCGUCGUGAGCGCCGCUCCGAUCGAAGGCAACGGCGACGUCGGAAGUGUGAGACAGUUCAACUUCUCCCCAGCACUGCCCUUCGCGUACACGAAGGAGCGCCUGGACUACGUAGACCACGCCAAGUACGAGACCAAGCAAACCCUGAUCGAGGGCGGCGGCAUCGGCGUCAAGCUCGAGUCCGCGUCGUCCCACAUCAAGUUCGAGCCCGCGAGCAACGGCGGCUGCGUCUGCAAGGUCGUCGCGACCUACAAGCUCCUCCCGGGCGCCACCGUCGGCGACGAGGUCGCCAAGGCCAAGGACUCCAUCACCAAGAUCGUCAAAACUGCUGAGGCAUAUCUCCUCGCCAACCCAGAUGCUUACGUGUAAUCUGUUUAAUAUUGUAGCUAUGGCUGCUGCUGCUGCUGCCGCUGCUGAUACGACUACUAUAUAUUUGAGGUGUGUGGUCAAUUGUUAUAGUAAAAUAAGUUGGAAUAAUAAGUGUGUUAAGGAAAUUGUUUGUGUGUGAGAGAGAGAAGUGAGUAUAUAUGUACGAGUGUUUUGGGGCUUGUUUUGCGCUCUACCGAGAAAGCUUGUAUUAGCUCUUUGUGUGAUUGAGUAUUAAUAAAUAACGUUAUUUAUUAAAAUAUAA